CCCCCUCACAUGCUCCCGAUUGUCUCAUUCCCAAACCUUUUUCAACGCGGAGAGAGAGAAGACAGAGAGAGAGAGAGAGAGAGAGAGAGAGAGGGGGAGGCAGUCUCUGGAGUCGCAAUAAAUGAGAGUGUGCGGAGGAGAGAGAGAGAGGGAGCGAAGAGUGGGGGCUGCGAGAGUCGCCAUGGCGGCGUUUGCAGGCUGUAAUUCCGUGCCAUAAUUGCAUCGAUCCCCUCCCCUUCUCCUCUUUCUCCUUCUCCUUCACCUUCUCCUUCUCUCUCUCUCUCUCUCUAAAGUCAAAUUCUUGCUCUUUCUCUGUCUGUCUGCACCUUAAAAAACCCUCCUCCCAUGUCCCAACAGGGGCCAUCACUCGCCCAAAAAGCUGCAACAACAGAAAGCAAUCCCAACCCCAACAACAGCAACAACAGCAACCACCACCGCAACAAGACCGAUCCCACAACAAACCAGCGAAACGAAACCUAAACCAGGCUAAACAACAACCUAAGAAACUUCAUAAGAUCAUCGCUGUUCUCUAGUCACGGGCUCAAGCACACCCAUUUAAUAACCCCUCCCCUCUCUCUCUCCCUCUCUCCCUCUCUCUCUCUCUCUCUUCUCUCUGUGUGAGUGUGUGUAUGUCAUGGAUCGCCUCUCACUUUUGAGGGCAUCAUCAUCAUCAUCACCAUCAUCAUCAUCACCAUCAUCAUCAUCAUCGCUCUCAGCUUCUGCCGUCGCCACUACGUGCAAGAAAUGGCUGAGGUUUUCUUUUUAAGCCAGCUAGCACCCCCGUCAGCUCACCAGGAUCAAGAACCGGUGGAGGAUACGAACACCCUCUUGCACGGGCCGUCCAACCACCAUCAGGAGGCGGAGGAGGAGCAGGAGAUCUUGCAGCUAUGGCCGCAGAGCCAGUGGUAUCACCAGCCCCACCACCAUCAGAGCGCGGACGGCUUCUUUUCGCUUGGAGCAGGCCCUAGUUCGCGAUCUCCGGAGCUACUGACGAUGAUGAUGAGGCACGGAGGAGAAGGAGGAGGAGGAGGAGGAGGGAUAAAUUGCCAAGAUUGCGGGAAUCAAGCCAAGAAGGACUGUGUCCACUUGAGGUGCAGGACUUGCUGCAAGAGCCGAGGGUUCGAAUGCCCGACCCACGUCAAGAGCACGUGGGUCCCUGCCGCCAAGCGCCGCGAGCGGCAGCAGCACCUCGCCACCGCCGCCGUCAUGCACCACCACCAGCAGCAACAGCCGCUGCGGCAAGAGCAGCCGUUUCAGCUCGACCAUUAUUUCAAGAGGCAGAGAGACGGCGAAGUCGCCGCUGCCCCGCCGUUCCCCAUCGCUACCUCGGGGUUGGAAGUGGGACAGGCACUCCCUCCGGAGAUCAAUUCAUCCGCCGUUUUCCGAUGCCUGAGAGUAAGCGCAAUGGAUGACACCGACGAGGAGUUCGCUUAUCAAACGGCUGUCAAUAUUGGAGGGCAUGUUUUUAGGGGGAUUCUCUAUGAUCAAGGGCCCGAGAGCCGCUUCAGUUCGGCAGGUGAGAGUUCUUCUGGUGGCGGCGGUGGAUCUCAUCAGCCUCUUAAUCUGAUAACAGCCGCGCCAGGCUCCACCUCUGCUGCAGCCACAACCGCCGCUGCCACAGGCAACCUGGCCACCACAUUGCUGGACCCUUCGAUUUAUGCGACUCCACUCAAUGCUUUCAUGGCCGGCACGCAAUUCUUCCCGCCCCCAAGGUAAUUACUGGAAGGUUCAUCGCUCAGCAUUAUCGACUAUUUUUCCAUCCAAAAGUCUCGAGAUUUUAGAUCCAUCAACGGCGAAAAUUGCAGAACUCUACCAUGGCAUCGAAGCUUAUACCUAUGAGUUUGAACUUUGAUUAGAUGAGGCAAACUCCUAAAAAAUUCAAGAAUAAUCUUUCGGAAUCUGAUGAUUAUCUCAUGCAUUCGUCCUUGUCCGGACUCUAUUGUAACGUUCUUAGUUUAAGUAGAUUCAAGUUUGACUUUCUAGCAGUGUAACGUCUUCAUUUCAUGUUUAAAUAUGGAUGAUGAUGCCAUUUUUCUU